AUGUCCGACCAUGAAGCUAUGUUAGAGAAAUUACAGAAAAUCUUCGCUCCACCUACAGCAGAGUCUCUUGGUAAAAAGGCUCUGGCUGGAAUUCCCCCCGCUCCUCGUACCAAGAAACAAUCAGAUUUCAAUCAAGAUGCUGGGAUAUCAUCUAUUUCGAAAGUUGUUAAUGCUUAUCAGGACGAUCCAGGUUGGCGCAAACCUCGACCGAACACUCACGAUUAUUGUGAUAGUUGUAAUUGCACUGAAGGCGAUCGUUUAGUUUGUGAUCGAUGCCCAGCCAGCUUCCAUCUUGAGUGCUUAGAUCCUCCUAUGGAUCCUCAAAGUGCUCCUACAGGGAUUUGGUACUGUCAUCGAUGCACUAUGCUUUCUAAGGAGGAAGAGGCCCAAGAACACGAAAGUAAUGCAUCCGGAAAUAGUGAAGGCAAAAACUAUUUAAAAAAUAAUGGUCAAAAUGCCAGUGAGGACGUGCUUUCGCCCCUUAACUUCCUCUUAAGAGUUAACAAGUAUUGGCGGAUGCAAAAUCCCAAGGAAUUUUCUCUUCCUAAGGAGCUUUUACCUGCCAUCAAACUCCCAGGCUCUUACAAAUCCCGUGCUGAACGUAAGGCCAAUCCCAUAAUUGAAAUGGAAAAUGGCUAUAUUCCCACCCCAAUUCGACGCUGUUACAAUUGCGCCGAGACAUGCAUGAAAAGGCCGUUAUUACCCUGCGAUUACUGCACUGCGUGCUUCCAUCUAGAGUGUCUUGAUCCUCCAAUGGCUGCAUUCCCUCCUCGCUCUGAUUAUUGGAUGUGUCCUUUGCAUUCAGAGCAUGUUGUGGAUAAAUGUCUCGUUCCCUCGAUUCGUCUGUCUGAUCGUAUUCGAGCUUGGAAUCAACUUGCUGUUACUGAUCCUGAUGCUCCCAUAGAUUUUGUUCCAAACAACCCAUUAGGUGGUGCCUCUCAUGAGAUUCAAUUCACCACGGAGGAUGAGAAGGCUAUUAUCUCAGGAUUUCUCAAACGAGUCACUCAACGAAAGCUCGAAGCGAAUGCUGCAAAGGAAGUUCUUGGUGAAGCCCUGAAGCCUCAGCCGAUUUCACCUGCCCUCCAAGCCACUUCCGCAUUCACCUGUAAACGUAUUGUAGUCCCCAAUGCCGUUAAGGAGUUGUACAAGAAUCCUGUACAUCGACUGCCUAGACCCAAUGAGAUUUUUAGAGGAAGACGAAGCUUGUUGAAAUCUCAACCAAAGAAGAAUUUAACUCCUACUGUCGUUUCCACUGAUCAACCUCUUCCCGCUACCAAGGAGGAACAGAAUGCGUUUAUACGAGGCCUAUUGGAAUUUUACAUUCGUGAAGAUCUGAAGCCCUCAGAUGCUAGUAGUGCAUCUGAGACGACUCCGAAUCAUACUGAUGAUGAGGAAACUACGAGUAAAUCGUCAAUAACCCCUUCCCCUGAUGAAUCAAACUUCGAUAGCAUACCAACCGGAUUAAAAAGAAAAAUUGUGGAUGCUCUCCAAGAAAUUGACAACCGUAUUACUUCUGAUGGAACUCCAAAGGAUUUGGUUGAACAGGAUGAAAAACUUCUUGCAUUUAUGAGACGUCGUGUUCAGUUCUCUGAUGGGCCCAUACGGGCUUGUCGCGCUGCUCUAAUUCCCUGUGCUGGAACCCACGGCCCAAUUGUUGCAAUGACCAAUCGACAACUCACUAUCGGCACUGGACCGGGCUGUCAUUUGGAUUUAAGCAACUAUCGUGUUAACUCUCUACCACCUUGUCCCAAAGUUUCGUCUAAUCAUGCCUCCUUAUUCUACGAUGAAUACAGCCGGCAAUUCGAGCUCCUUAACUACAGUGAAUUCGGAUCCACUGUAGAUUGCAUUCCUUUCAAUAAUGACUACUCAGUGAAGCAUAGAGAACAAACUGAGGCUUCUCGAGCAUUGUGUCAUGCGCGUCGUAUUGCUGAGGAUAUGGAAAACUUAAAAUCUCCAACUCCAAAACGGCCAAAGUUUGAUGGACCCAGUCGAAUCGAAGCUGUUCAUCAUUGUACUGAUGACGAUCGAUCUGCAAACGAAUUUGGUUGGGAAGGUUCAGCUGUUCUCCACCAUGGCUCAGUUCUACGAUUUGGGUGUUAUACUUUUACAUUCAGCAUCGUUGAGUGGUUUUACUCGACAAUUGCGUCAUCUUAA